GGAAAUACUAUUUCAAGAAAUGGCUUCAAACCUAAUGGAUUUCUACAUUCAUAACGAUAUAUAUUCGCAUCCAUAUCACGUCAAUCCUGUUAUUGGGGACUAUUUUAUUGGACAAACGGGAAGAUUUCAUCAAAACAACCCGGAGAUGUUUAUUGUACGACAAUCGCCGAUAUUGCCGCCGACCGAUAUCAGUUGGUUGCCGCCGCAACUAUUGCAACAACCGGGAAACAAUGUCCACCAGUACUGUAUAGUACCGAUACCGGCCAUUGCCUACGACCAGAUAAAGUGCUGGAUAUGUUAUGGAGUGGUAGUCAACGGUUUUAGGUGUACUACUGAGGCUGAAUCGUUUGGUCAAACGGCUGAUCCACUGGUUGUACCGCAUUUUGUAUGCUAUAAAUGUAUAACUGGUUAUAUGAUGUGCCAUCAAAGUCGUAUAGUCGACUGUCCGGUUGAUAAUUGCAUCAAUCAAUUCAAUCUGGACAAUUUGGUAUAUAUGGAUGCUAUACAUACUCAGAUGACUGCCCAAUUGUUUAUGUACUGCGAGUGCAACUGUGGAAUGGGGGGCAAUCCACUAGCACUGGCCAAUCAUAUUUGUCCGCUGGCACCCGACGACGAUAUUGGCCAUACCUACAGGUCGACAGAGUUGCAACGUCUUAGGCAGCAUAAUCAAUUUUAUGUCAAUCAAAUACAGCUCAUGGAAGGUGAGCUCCGGGACCUUAUACGUAACUAUGACACAAAACGCUAUGAAUACCAUGAGCUGAUAGUCGAAAACACAGCCAUCCGACAAAUUCAUAGUCGACUACAGUCACUGAUGGCUGAUAUAUUAAGUGAGCUCAGGGAUGAGUACCGACAGCUAAUGGACAGUAAGGAGUUAGUCGAGAACGAGCUCAGGCACGUACUCCACAGUUAUAAUGUCAAACGCCAGGCAUAUCAUGAUCUCCAACAACAGAAUCGAUGGCUUAUUCAAUAUAAUUGGACAGUUAUACAACAAAACACUCACUUUAACCGACAGAUUAGUCAACUGGAACUACAGGUGCUGUCAUUACAAGAACAGUUGGAUCGUAUGAAUUUGGUAUAAUAUGUUUGGAACUUAU